AUGUCUUAUCUACCCCCAGGAUGGACCCUGGAGCAACUUCAAACUGCAACAGUCGAUGAUCUACGUGAAAUACCAGAAGAAAAACUCCGUGAAAUUGACACAAAUUUAAUUCCAGUUGAAAAUGUUGCAGUCCGUCAAGUGAUCAGCCGUGCAGUGAGCAAUGAACACCGACGGAAAGUGCGCGCCGAGCGGGGCCUUCCACCUGCUCCCGGGAGACCAAUUUUUGAAGACCCUGACGAUGCAGUCGUGCAGGUGGUAGAACGGGGAGGAUUUGAUGACUUUGGAUUCAUCGUAUUCCGAACUGAUUACUCGGAUGAGACCCGCUGGGAGCAGUGGCAUAAAGAGUUCUUUCGCAUGAUAGACGCGUCGAUAGACAGCGUUAGCGGAGGAAAGAAAAUCGAAGAUAAAUGUUUAAUGCCGACCUUCGAAGAUGAGGAUUUGGAUGGUGCCACCUAUCAGCGAAUUCUAGAGGUGUACUAUACCUACCUCGAGACUGACGGUGUGCCUCCAGGACUUGAGACUGAUAUGUGUCUAGUUGUCGACUCGAAUGUUAUGGACUCGAUAGCGACUGAUAAACCGUGGAUCUAUGCAUUGGACUUAUCAUUCGAUCAUCAGAGCGAAGUUGAAGAAGGUGAUUAUACUGGCUACUUUAGGGUCGCUGUGGACUCGGUCAUACCGGAACUUUAUCCGAUGCUCGCGGCGAUGACACCACCAGAGCUUUGGCCCUCAAACAACAGAAUAUGGGAGUCGGCCUUUGAUGAUAUUUUUGCGUCUUCGGAUUGCCUUCAGGCCUUUGAGGGCAUUGGCCACGAGGUCGCCAAUAUCAGCAGCACACCCCUUUUGCGGUUUUAG